AAAACCCCGUCUUUCGCGCCGAGUGAUAAGAGGGAGAGAAAAAGAUCGCAGCCUUUCUUUUUUAAAAAGAAAAAAGCUCCAAUAAAAAGAGUCUAGAAAUCAAGAACCUCACAGAUCUCUUUUUACUGUUGCUCUCUGUUUGCCUAGGUUUUCUCAAAUUCGAGAAAGAUUGAGGUCAAAUUCAGAUCCCGAUCUCAGAUCUAGGGUUUCGGUUCCAGUUCAGUCUCUGAGAUCUCGAUCUCGCUAGGUUUCGGAGAAUGAGCUCGAUUGGAGCUCUGAGAUCUUGCGUUUGGAUGUUUUAGUGCUAUAUUUUGUUUGUAGCGUUGAUUUAGCGAUCGAGAAUGGGCGAAGGCGAUAGGUUCCAGCUGGGGACCGUUGGUGCCUUGAGCUUGUCGGUGGUUUCAUCGGUCUCGAUCGUGAUCUGUAAUAAGGCACUCAUGAGCUCGCUUGGAUUCACUUUUGCUACUACUUUGACAAGCUGGCAUCUACUGGUCACAUUUUGUUCGCUUCAUGUGGCACUAUGGAUGAAAUUGUUUGAGCACAAGCCUUUUGAUGCAAGGGCGGUAAUGGGCUUUGGCGUACUCAAUGGGUGCUCCAUUGGAUUAUUGAACUUAAGCCUGGGUUUCAACUCUGUUGGUUUUUAUCAGAUGACAAAACUGGCCAUUAUUCCUUGCACUGUUUUAUUGGAGACUCUCUUCUUCAAGAAGGCAUUCAGUAGGCGAAUCCAGCUCUCACUUUCCAUCCUUCUUCUGGGUGUUGGCAUUGCAACUGUGACAGAUCUGCAACUCAAUGUUCUUGGAUCUGUCUUGUCUCUGCUUGCUGUUCUUACGACUUGCAUUGCUCAAAUUAUGACCAAUACCAUACAGAAGAAGUUUAAGGUUUCUUCGACUCAACUCCUGUAUCAGUCUAGCCCCUAUCAGGCAUUGACUCUCUUCAUUGUUGGUCCGUUUCUUGAUGGACUACUUACAAAUCAAAAUGUUUUUGCUUUCAAUUACACCCCUCAAGUUCUGGUGUUCAUUGUGCUAUCCUGUCUAAUAUCAGUCUCUGUCAACUUCAGUACAUUUCUUGUAAUCGGAAAGACAUCACCUGUGACCUACCAAGUCUUAGGUCAUUUGAAAACUUGCCUGGUCCUGGCUUUUGGCUAUGUUCUACUUCACGAUCCAUUUAGCUGGAGAAAUAUAUUUGGCAUUCUUGUUGCUGUAGUCGGAAUGAUUUUAUAUUCAUACUUCUGCACAACUGAGAGCCAGCAGAAAGCUAGUGAAGCAUCGGCUCAGCUGCCACAGGUGAAAGAAACCGAAUCUGAUCCGCUACUUAAUAUGGAAAAGGAAACAACUACAGCUGCCAAUAGUGUUGCCCCACAGGCCUUGGCUUGGAGCUCCAACAAAGAUCUGAGUGUAUGAAAUCUUACCGUUUCUUCUGAAAUCAAAUAUCAAGUUCUUCAGCAGGUUCACUCUAUCAGCUCAAAAGGAACUUUUUGAAGACAGCCCAUGCAUUCUCUCAACUACCAUUCUCUUGCGAACCCCAAUUCAAAGUAUCAGAAAGUUAAAUACGUAUUUUUCUUCCCAUUUUAAGCUGGUGAUUUGAUAAUGUGAUUAGCAACUGUAUUCAUAUAACACUAGAGAAUUAGCCCUCAAAAUUCUAUCAGAAAGCAAAGGUUUUGACCUCUUAUUUU